AUGACGAGUCAACAGUCGACUCUUCGAGCCGCGCUAGGUGACCAGCUCGCAGCUCAGUUCACCGGCGGCAAUGCGUCGGCAAACGUAUUCCUACUAGCCAAACUAACGGAUUCGCAACGGCAAGUGGUAGGACGAGCAUUCUACGAAUCUCUGAAACCGAUGUGGAUCGAAGUCGUGUGCCUUGCCGCCGCGGGUCUGGUCGCGGUGUUGUUCAUCGAGCGGCGCAAGAAACUGGACCAGACGCAUGAGCAGGUCCGCACCGGACUCGAGGCAGAGGGGGAGAGAAGGAAGGUGGCACAAACUCUGCGAGCCAAAACGAAAGGGAGAUGGAGGACGGAACGGCUAACCUGA